GUGCAGAGCCAGGAAGGAGAUGGUGAAGCAGACGAUCCAGAUAUUUGCGAGGGUGAAGCCCCCUGUCCGGAAGCAACAACAAGGGAUUUAUUCCAUAGAUGAAAAUGAAAAAUUAACACCUAGCUUGGAAAUUAUCUUACCACGUGAUAUGGCGGAUGGAUUUGUGAAUAAUAAGCGAGAAAACUACAAAUUUAAAUUUCAAAGGAUUUUUGAUCAGGAGGCAAACCAAGAGACCAUUUUUGAAAACAUUGCCAAACCAGUUGCUGAAAGUGUCCUGGCAGGUUACAACGGUACCAUCUUUGCAUAUGGGCAAACUGGCAGUGGCAAGACAUUUACCAUCACAGGUGGAGCAGAGCGUUACAGUGACAGAGGCAUUAUCCCAAGGACAUUGUCCUACGUUUUUGAGCAGUUACAAAAGGACAGCAGCAAAAUAUAUACAACACACAUUUCCUAUUUGGAAAUCUACAAUGAAUGUGGUUAUGAUCUGUUGGAUCCAAGACAUGAAGCCUCCAGUUUGGAAGAUUUGCCGAGAGUGACAAUAUUGGAGGACCCUGAACAGAACAUUCACCUAAAAAACCUAUCUCAUCAUCAGGCAACCACGGAGGAGGAAGCCCUGAAUUUGCUAUUUCUAGGAGACACCAACAGAAUGAUUGCAGAGACUCCUAUGAACCAAGCUUCAACCCGUUCCCACUGCAUUUUCACUAUUCAUUUGUCAAGCAAGGAACCAGGAUCUGCAAUAGUACGACACGCCAAACUCCAUUUGGUUGACUUGGCUGGUUCAGAGCGAGUUGGAAAGACUGGAGUAGGGGGCCAGAUUCUAACAGAGGCGAAGUAUAUCAACUUGUCCCUGCAUUACCUAGAGCAGGUUAUCAUUGCCCUUUCAGAAAAGCACCGUUCACACAUUCCUUACAGGAACUCCAUGAUGACCAGCGUCCUACGAGACAGUUUGGGAGGGAACUGCAUGACAACUAUGAUUGCAACACUCUCAUUAGAGAAAAGGAAUAUUGAUGAGUCUAUAUCUACCUGCAGAUUUGCACAACGAGUGGCACUAAUAAAGAAUGAAGCUGUUCUUAAUGAAGAAAUUGAUCCCAGACUGAUGAUUAUCCGGCUACAAAAGGAAAUCCAGGAGCUGAAGGAUGAACUGGCCAUUGUGACUGGGGAACAGAGGACAGAGGCACUCACAGAAGCAGAGCUCCUUCAGCUGGAAAAGUUAAUAACAUCCUUUUUAGAAGACCAGGAUCCAGAAAGUAGACUCGAGGUUGGCACUGAUAUGCGUAAAAUCCAUCACUGUUUUCAUCAUUUAAAGAAACUAUUGAAUGACAAGAAGAUCCUUGGAAACUGUACCGUCUCCGAUGAAAGCAAAGACCCAAACUGCCAGGAACCAUUAAAAGAGGAAGAAUAUCAAAAGCUACGAGAUAUUCUGAAGCAGAGAGACAAUGAAAUCAAUAUUCUGGUCAACAUGUUAAAAAAGGAAAAGAAGAAAGCUCAGGAUGCUCUUCACUUACCUGGCACAGAGAAAAACGAGUUGGGCCACCCCCAGAACACACCCUUCCCCCGCGGGAACCCAGAGGAAGGUCAGAGAAUGCUGCUGUCUUCAGCUUCCACACAAGCCCAGGAUGUCAGCGCUUUGGAGUACAGGCCCAGCUUACUCCACCAAAAAAAAGGAAUGAGAGAGGAAAUGUCAUUAGGACGGCAGGAGGCUUUUGAAACCUUCAAGAGGGACCAUGCUGACAGUGUGACCAUCGAAGACAACAAGCAGAUUCUGAAACAGAGAUUUUCUGAAGCAAAAGCCCUGGGAGAAAGUAUAAAUGAAGCAAGACGUAAAAUUGGGAUCUCAGAAAAUAUGGCCGUGCGCUCGAUGCCAGACUCACAGGAAGAAAAGCUGCGAUCACAACUGGAGGAAGAAAAGAAAAGGUAUAAAACAAUGUUCACGCACCUGAAAGCCCUGAAGGUGGAGAUUGAGCACUUGCAGCUGCUCAUGGACAAAGCCAAGAUGAAGCUCCAGAAAGAGUUUGAAGCCUGGUGGGCAGAGGAGGCCAGAAGCCUGCAGGUAAAAUCUCCAGCAAUGAAUUCAUUGGAUCACAUGAAACCAUUUUCCCAGACACCUGAAUCCCAGCAGGAUCAGUCCCAGCUUCUCUCUAACAAAAGCUCUGGAGGCUGGGACGUCCAAGAUCAAGGUGCUGGCACACCCAGUGUCUGUGACGUGUAUACCAGGAAAAUCCUGCCCUCACCUUGCCCCAGCCCACGCAGCCAGGAAUGGAGUAGCACCAGCACCUCCCUGGAAAACAGCAUCCCCGAGAGGCCCAUGUCCUCCAUCCCUCUCACUGGUGACAGCCAGACGGACUCCGACAUUCUGGCGUUCAUCAAGGCCAGGCAGAAUGUCCUGCAGAAGAAAUGUUUGGGAAACAACUGAAUUUCCAGUAAGGGUCCUGCAAUGUCUUGUGCCAGCAAGAAUGAAGUACAGAUGAAGGCACCGCCUCUC